GUUCUUCAUUAUUACAGUGGUCUAACCAAGAAGGAGGCCAGAACAAGAACAAGAACAAGAACAAAGAAAAAUGCCGAAGAGGACAACCCACACCUACUCGAGCGAGGACGCUCGUCCUGCUGGUCCUGACUCUGACCUCUUCGUCUAUUACUGCAAGUACUGUGGAUCUCACGUCCUCAUUACUGAUACCCAGUUGCAGAAAAUGCCAAAAAGAAAGACUGACAAAGCUCAUGUGUUAGACAAGAAGAAACAUCUUGCAAGGUUAAACAUUAGUGAGGGUGGAAAGGUUCUUCUGAAGCGGGGUGAAGGGAUGGUGGAGAAGCAGUUCCGAAUGAACUGUUUGGGUUGUGAACUCUUUGUCUGCUAUCGCGCAGAGGAAGAUUUGGAAUCUACUUCCUUAAUUUAUGUGAUUGAUGGUGCUUUAAGUACGGUUGCUGCUGAAACUAACCCACAGGAUGCUCCUGUGCCCCCCUGCAUAUCACAACUGGAAGGAGGACUAGUUCAAGUGGCAAUAGAAGUGGAAGAUCGUGCACAGCGCUCUGCAAUAACAAGAGUGAAUGCUGAUGAUGUUCGAGUUACCGUAGCUGCUCCUGCAGCUCGUGGAGAAGCUAACAAUGAACUUUUGGAGUUUAUGGGAAAAGUGUUGGGUUUGAGAUUGAGCCAAAUGACUCUUCAAAGGGGAUGGAAUAACAAAUCAAAACUACUUGUGGUGGAGGAUUUAUCUGCAAGACAAGUGUAUGUGAAGCUUCUGGAGGCUGUGCAACCUUGAAGAUGAUCCUAUGCAGCUCCCAUAUUUUUGCCCCAAUUUGUUGAAAUGAAUGAUAAUAUUAUAUACAUUUUUGUUCUUCCCCUGGCAUGCAAAACGUGGGAUUUAUCUCAUGACAGUAUGUAGUAGCGUUCUCGAUUGACUAGCUUUUGUUUGGACAAUUCUAGUGUAAUAGAAACAGCUGUAUUUAGACUAGUUAAAGAGGCAAAUGUAACUAAUGGAUUUCAGACUAAACUCAACAAAAUUCAGAGCACAUUUGAGUGAAAACGUGGGAAAUCUGAAGCUUUGGUCACCCACAAUGUUUUUGUAAAAUAGGGUUACUUCAAGAUAUAAAGAAUUUGUCUUGAAAAAAUAUUUUAUAGAUUUUGCUUUUUUGUAAAA